AAUGAUGUCAACAUUUGUGCGUGGAAGUGGAACCCAUUGAUCACAACUCGCUAGUAGUAGUGUAUAAAUGAGUUGAAUAGUUAAAAAGUUGCAGAGGUGAGUUGUGAGUAGUUGGAAGUGGGAUGUAAUUGUAAAGAUGGAAGAAGUAGGUGUAAUCUUAUUAUCAUCAAGCGAAGAUGAAAAAGAUGAGGUGAAGAAGAAGAAGAAGAGAAAAUAUGAAGAAGAGUACAAAGUGGUGUCAGAUCUGACUGGUUUUGACAACCUCAGAACUAUGAUUGAAGCUGAAGCUGAGGCUUUCAACAGAAGGUCAAGGAAGAACAAGAAGAAGAAGAGCAGAAACAUCAAUAAUCAACCUGAAACAAAGAUGGUUGGAAAAGCAGAGAAAAUAAUAAUGGUAAAGAUGAGGCAAGAAAUUGAGAAGCCUAUAAUCUUCAUAACAAGCAGUGAAGAUGAAGAUGAAGAUGCAAACAAUGUGAAAAAGAAAAAAUAUGAAGAGGAUUACCGUGUGCUUUCAGAUAUGACUAGCUUUGACAACCUUAGAGCUAUGAUUGAGGCGGAGGCUUUCAGGAGAAGAAAGAAGAAGAGGAAGAGAAAUAAAAAACACAAGUAUAUAAACAUUAUUGACGCAUUGAGUGACAUGCAGCAGUCAAGUGAUGUUCAAGCUGUAGAAACAACAGGAGAAUUGGAUGCUGAGGCAGUUGAGGAAACUUAUAUGGCAGAAAUAGCAGAGAAAGUAAUAUCGGUGAUGGUGGACCCAGAAAUAGAAAAACCUGUGAUGUUGAAAGCCAGCAGUAAAGACGAAGAUGCAAACAAUAUGAAGAAGAAAAAAUACGAAGAUGAAUAUAGAAUGAUUUCAGAUUUGACUAGUUUUGACAACCUCAGAGCUAUGUAUGAGGCCGAGGCUUUAAUGAGAAAGAGAAGAGAGAGUUUGAAAACAAAGAAAGAAAAUAUUGUAUCUUGUGCUGAAGAAGUAUCUGUUGAUGCUCCAAAAGAAGUAGAGCAGUCGGACAAAGUUCAAGCAGUACCAACAGCAGAAGAAUUGGAAAUUAAGUCAGUUGAGGUUGAUGCUCCAAAAGAAGUAGAGCAGUCGGACAAAGUUCAAGCAGUACCAACAGCAGAAGAAUUGGAAAUUAAGUCAGUUGAGGUUGAUGUUACAAAGGAAGUGUGGCAGGCAGACAUAGUUAAAGUUGUGGAAACGACAAAGACUUUGGAAACUGAAUUAUUUCAGGUUGAGAUGGUGAAGGAAGAAAAGCAAUCUGUCACAAGUGAAGGUCUAGAAAGUUCAUUGUUAUUGGAAAAGGAAUCGGUUGAGAAAAAUUACAAGGUUCUGCCACGAAAUCUUCUUUGGAGAGCCCGAUAUUUUGAUCCUCCAUAUGGAGAAGAAUUUCAUACAAGAGGAAAUUGUAAAGGGGAAAGGCAAAAGAGGCCAUGCUUCAUUUGUGCAGGUUAUGGGCAUAGUUGGAAAUAUUGCAAACAGGGUCAGGAUUGCUUUGUUUACAAAGUAAGAGGGCCAUCUGCAAUAGAUCGUCCAGUGAGGCACCAAGAUCCAAGUUCUAAUAUUUGCCUAAGAUGUGGGGGUAAAGGGCAUAAUAUGUUUUCAUGUUGGAGUGAGUAUUCCCCUGACGAUCUCAAGGAAAUACAAUGUUAUGUGUGCAAGAAUUUUGGUCAUCUCUGCUGUGUUGACUUUCUGGAUUUGAGUCCAAGACAUGUUUCUUGUUACAGCUGUGGCCAAACUGGCCAUCUGGGACCUGGUUCAUCCAUCAAGGAAUGUACAAAGUCCAGUGGAGAAAAUAGUGGCUCAAAAUCCCUGACAUUGUGCUAUCGCUGUGGAGAGGGAGGUCACAUUGCACGAAAAUGCAUGAAUCACGUUAAGCAGCUUGUACAAGAGGUGAUUAGCAACACUAACUCAGAGGCCUCCAUGGGAAGGAAAAAAUAUCAUGGGCUCUAAAUCUGUGCCUCGUCUUUGUAAAGCUCAAAAAUAGAAAGAAGUCCCGAUAAAAGAUGUCAAGGUAGAGUGAGUGGACUACAGAUAAACCUGAGAUUGCUUCAUCAACGAAGUCUGAUGUCCGGAUAUCACCUGCAAAAUGAUCACGAAAAAAGUGUGAUCCAACUGCUUAUAACAUUUAUUUCUUAGACUUUUCUCACUAAAACUCAAUUGUCAGCUUAGAAUUCCUAGUUCAACGUAGCUUUUGGCAGUAAGGAUUUGCUCUCCAGCACCACUACGGUAAGGAGGGAAUAUGAUUGGUUGAGCAUGUAAUGCAAGCUACAUCCAAACCUGAGAUUUAGCAGAAAUUUGCAGCCAAAUCCCUGUCAUGGCGUCAUGUUAAGUGUUAACCUCUGCAAAGUUCUCCAUAUAUCAUCUGCCUAGCUCUUUUGUUGUACCAUCCAAAUAUGCUAUUGGCAUAUGGCAAAUGCCUACAGAAAAAUGUUGGUGUUGUAAUUUAAAAGCUUUCUGUUUCUAAUGAAGAUUGAUGUCAAUAACUAGUA